GUGUGGUCGAUUUCUCACGCGAGCAAGUCAUGUUUACAAAUUUAUAAAUUCGAGGUGUACAUCGUCAUUGCCUACUUUAAUUUUAUUUUCUAUCAGUGAUUGCACACGAUCAAAUGUUCGAUGAAAAGUUGAGAGAACGCAUUGAGGUUGAAAGACAUGGAUAUAGUAUGGGGCAGCAUACAUUUGCCAUUCAAAUGUGAGAUUUGUCAUGAAUCAUUUGAACUGAAAACGGUGUUCGAACACCACAACGACUCAGUACAUAAUCAAAGAACAACUUCUGAAUGUGAGAUCUGUCAUAAAUCAUUUGUACUGGAAAGUGAGCUCGAAUGUCACAAACCCUGUGAAUCUAAGAUUUUAGAUGAUAUAUUGGACCUAGAGAGUGAACUCGAAGGUCGCAAGGACACUGUUCAUAAUCAAAGCAAAUCCUGUGAAAUUGAGAUUUUUCCUGAUUCGUUUGGACAGCAAAGUAACCUCAAGAGUUACGAGGACACAGACCAUAAUCAUAGCCAACUCUUUGAAUGUGAGAUUUUGAAUGAAUCAUUUAAACUGAAAAAUAAGCUCGAACGUCUUAAGGACUCAACACAUAAUCCAAGGACAAACUUUGAAUGUGAGAUUAGUAAUCGAUCAUUUGAACUGCAAAGUGACCUUGAGAAUCAUAAGGACUCAGACCAUUAUCAAAGCCAACCCUUUGAAUGUGAGACUUUUUCUGAUUCAUUUGGACAGGAAAGUGGCCUCAGGGGUCAAGAAGACAAAGACCAUAAUCAGAAAGAAACCUUUGAAUGUAAGAUUUGUCACCGAUCAUUUGAACUGGAAAGUGACCUCAAGAGUCACGAGGAAACAGAUCAUAAUGAGAAGAAACCCUAUGAAUGUGUAAUUACACAUUUCCCCAAAUCAUUGGGAACAAAAAGCAAUCUCAAUAAUCAAGUAAAUACAGCACAUAGCCGUAGCAAAUCCUUCGACUGUGAGAUUUGUCAUAAAUCAUUCGGACGAAAAGGUACUCUCAAUAAACACAUAAGUGCAGUCCAUAAUCGGAGCAAACCCUUUGAAUGUGAAAAGUGUCACAAAUCAUUCGGACGAAAAAAUCAUCUUGUAACUCAUAUUAGUACAGUACAUAAUCGGAGCAAACCCUUUGAAUGUGAAAUUUGUCAUCAAUCAUUUGGACAAAAAAUUGAUCUCAAAAAACAUAUAAGUUUAGUUCAUGAUCGGGUCAAACCAUUUAAGUGUAAAAUUUGUCACGUAUCAUUUGGACGAAAAAAUUAUCUUAAAACUCAUGUUAAUUUAGUACAUUGUAAGGAAAAACCCUUUGAUUGUGAAAUUUGUCAUAAAUCAUUUGGACUAAAGGCUACUCUAAAAACUCACAUGACAGUCCAUACUCAGAGUAAACCCUUCAAGUGUGAAAUUUGUUACAAAUCAUUCAGUCUAAAGGAUACUCUAAAAACUCACAUGACAGUACAUGAUCAGAUCAAUCCCUUUGUUUGUGAAAUUUGUAACAAAUCAUUUAGUUCAAAAUGGAACCUCAAUGAUCAUACCAAUAGAAAACAUAAUCAUUACAAACCCAACAAAUGUGAAUUUUGUCCCGAAUCAUUCGGCACAAAGGACCACCUCGACAAACACAUAAAAUUGGCACAUCCCUUUGAGACUGGUUAGCUACAAAUCAGUUAGAUACUAGACUAAACUUGACAACUACAAUUUGACAGCACAUAAUCUUGACUACCCAGGACAAUUGUGUAAAAGACUCUUACCUAAGUACGCAAUGUAAUUUUGGAAAAUCUUUUAAAUAAGUAUCUUUUGAUUUCGUAAGAAACAAUGAAAUACUUUCAACUAUUCACAAUUUUGUAAUAAUUGUAAAAAUUUUACUCUAAAUAAUGACUUCUCUGCCAGGAUCAA